AAUGGCCGCUUGAUGAACGAAAGUUUUCGUAAAUUUUACUUAUUUAGUGUACAUUGCACGAAUGUUGUCGUUGAAAACGACAUUAUUUUUCGUGAAUGAAACGAAAUGUUUUGCUUAUUUUAAUAAACAUUUGUGUAUAUUACGAACAAUCUCGUUGGUCGCACGAAUUCAUUUCGUUCAUCUAAGAGAAGUUGUCGUAAUCAUCUUUCAUCGUUCAUCUCUCGUCAUUCUCGAUUAGUUAAAUUUUGUGAGGAGUAAAGUGCAUAACGUUAAAAGUUAAUUAAGUAGUUAAUUUCUCCGGGUAAAAUAGUGGCCCUGUAACUAGAAUCUUCAUCUAACCGAUAGCAGCGCAAGAAACCAUACAGCAUGGCUGUUAAAGCAAUCACCGAUGAAGCUCACUUCCAAACCGAACUAGCCGCAGCAGGAGGAAAAUUGGUCGUUGUGGAUUUUACCGCAACUUGGUGUGGCCCUUGCCGAAACAUAUCGCAUUUGUUCGAUCAGCUUCCGGCGAAAUAUCCAAAGGCUGCGUUUCUCAAGGCGGACGUCGACAGAUGUACCGAAACGGCGCCGUCCCAGGACAUGUCGACCAUGUCAAUGUUAAUUUUCUACCGAGCCAGAACAAAGAUUGACAGGAUGCAGGGUGCAGACAUUAAUGGACUUGAAGCCAAAAUACAGAAACAUUACGUCGCCAGCUUGUAUGAAUCUGGAAAAGAUUACGGUCAUGGAAUGUUGGACUUGAACACCUUCAUCCAGAAGAACCAGUGCGAAUGCUUGAACGAAUCGAACGACCACCCGAUGGUGAAUGCACUCAGUUCCAGCGGUGGUCAUCUGGAGCCCGAUUGUGACGAACAGUUGAUCAUUUCGAUUACCUUCAAUCAGCUGGUCAAAAUCAGUGCCAUCAAGUUCAAAGCACCGCCCUCUCACGGACCGAAAAAGUUGAGAAUCUUUAUCAAUCAACCAAGCACCAUCGAUUUCGAUACGGCCGAAUCGCAAGUUUCGGUGCAGGAUCUGGUACUGGGGCAGAAGGAUCUUGUGUCGGGAUCGCCGAUCCCGCUGCACUCUGUUAAAUUUCAGAACGUGCAGAAUAUGCAGCUGUUCGUGAAGGAUAACCAUUCUGGUGACGAGACGACCAUUAUCGAUCAUUUGGCUUUCAUCGGGUCACCGAUUGCAACGACUAAGAUAGAUGACUUCCAGCGGGUGGCUGGGAAGAAGGGUGAAAGCCACUAG